AACGAUGGAGGCCAUUUGGCUCUACCAGUUCCGCCUGAUCGUCAUCGGGGACUCGACGGUGGGCAAAUCCUGCCUCAUCCGCCGCUUUACCGAAGGGCGCUUCGCCCAGGUCUCCGACCCCACCGUGGGCGUGGAUUUCUUCUCGCGCCUGGUGGAGAUCGAGCCGGGCAAAAGGAUCAAGCUGCAAAUCUGGGACACCGCCGGCCAGGAGAGGUUCAGAUCCAUUACGCGAGCAUACUAUAGAAAUUCCGUCGGUGGCCUGCUCCUCUUUGACAUUACCAACCGCAGGUCCUUCCAGAACGUCCACGAGUGGCUGGAGGAGACCAAGGCCCACGUCCAGCCUUAUCAGAUUGUCUUUGUUUUAGUGGGCCACAAAUGCGACCUGGACACGCAGAGGCAAGUCACCCGACACGAGGCCGAGAAACUGGCUCUCGCCUACGACAUGAAGUACAUUGAGACCUCAGCACGGGAUGCCAUUAACGUGGAGAAGGCCUUCACUGACCUGACUCGAGACAUCUACGAACUUGUGAAACGGGGGGAGAUCAGCAUCCAGGAGGGCUGGGAAGGGGUCAAGAGCGGCUUUGUGCCCAACGUCGUGCAUUCUUCGGAAGAAGUGGUGAAGUCAGAUCGGAGGUGCCUGUGCUAACUGGGAAGUUCCCGUGAGGAGGAAGGUGGCUGACUCUCGAGUCGCCCCAACGGGUUCCAUUCUACUCCACAGACUUGGUGGGAAGGCAGAGAAGGUGUGAUUCGGGAGGCAAAGCACCAAGUGCUUGGACUGCUGGCGGACAAAAGCCCACAAGGAGGCUGUAACCCCACCCUGUACGAAUCAAUCCAGAUGCAUGUUAAUGUGGUAGAGAUAAGGCCAUGGGAGUCUGGAAAAACGGGGUAGGGAUAGUCACCAUCAAGGGGUUUUAUGUACCCUGGUUUAAAUAGAUUCAUCUAUCAUUGCUUUUUUACUUUUCUUUUUCUUUCUUUUCUUUCUUUCUUUUUGAAGCCAUCGUCCAAAUCGCCUACAAUUAGGAAGCGUAUUUAGAAAAGGAACAAGGGAAAGAGAAAUUAUAUCUUCUCCAGAAAUCGUAUGCUUGUUACCUUUUAAUAAUCACCAUGGCUGAAAUAAUAAUAAUAAUAUUUUUUUUAAAAAAAGGCUUGCUGCAAUAUAAAUUAAAGUUAAAACAUUGCAGAAGCCGCUAAAGUAACAGCGAGACCAUUACUUUAUUAGGAGUUCUAAUUUUGAUGUCUCAAUAGUUUCUGGGAAUUUGAUAGCUCAGGUUCUCACCAAUUGAAUUGGUAGGGUCAAUAUUGAUUGGUUCUUUAUGAGAUGCAUAGCCACAUUCCUUCAAAAGCCUAAGGGCACAUUGUGGUCCCCCCCCCUUUAUUUUUCUCCAGAAAAAC